AUGAGUUGCGUAGCAUUGGUGUAUGUACUUAGUAACGUUAACGACGUAGAGUCUGCGAAAGAACGUCUUGAAGCAAUCGAGAAAAAAAUGGCUAAUUUAACCGACAAAGCUAAAAUCGAAGCAACGCAACUUAAACACGACUACAUGGAACUUCUCAGCGAAACCAGAGUGCUGAACAAGACGAUAGAUUACACGACCAGUGCUACAGUUCAACGAGCUUUGAACGAGUUGAAUAAUGUCAAGGAAACUCAGAGAGUCAUUCAGAAGAAAUUGGAAGCAUUGUCUCAUCUUAAUGAUACCGCUGAAGAUUAUUUGAAUUUGGAGAAAGAAGUGAAAAAUCUUGCAACACAGGUGAAUCAGAAUAUAACUCAUCUGGAGGAGAACCUAAAAGAUAAUCGUCGAGAAUGGGAACGAGCCCUUGACAACAAGACAUCAGAGAUUAAGUCAGACGUUUUGAUUCUUCAAAACAGAUUGCAUGAAUUCGAGGAUGAAGUUGAGCUCGAACUUAAGAACCUCAAAUUUGAGAACCGCAAAUUUGAGAACCGCACUCAAAACGGAGCUACUAAUGGCGUUGGCCGAGUGAUGCACCUGACUAAAGUAUGUACAUGUAAUCUCAUGUUUUACACUAUAAUCUUCUGGGCAACACUGAACGUUAUUCUGCAUAUUUAGUGGAAAUGUGUAUUUUUUAUUUAGUUUUCCAAAUAAUCACCUAUGAAAUUAUACUAAAACAAUUAUUCACCUCGGGUCUUUCCCAGGCUUGCCCGAUUUUAGGGACCGCCUGCCAUGCAGGCUACCUCAGGCUCGGCGAUUAUCGUGAAUAAAAACCUCGACUUCGUCUCGGUUUUUAUUCACCGAUAAUCGCCUCGCCUUCGGCGAAUAAUUGUUAAAUAACAUAUACUUCAUACAUUGUGGAUCUAAUAAAGUCUGUCCUUCAGAGUUGUUGAACUGAAGAUUUACAGCGAAAAUACAAAAAGUAGCGAAGGUAGCAAACCAAUAGGAAGCUAGAGAUUGUCAACAUUUACCUUUGAACUUCCGGUUUAUUUGUAAGAUCUGCAUGAACAAGUAACAAGCAAAUAAAUUGAGUAAAAAUACAGCUGAGAAUACCCGAGUCUUUGUUCCUAAACUUGAAUGUAAUCGUUCUGUGUAUGCAAGUAUCAUUUAAUAAUAAUAAAAUAGCGUAAAGAUGUAAAACGGCAACGCAUAUUGUUUGUCACUAUAUUGAUUUGAUAGCUGUCGCCUUAUCGAAUAUCGAAAAUUAAAUUCUCUAAUACUUCUGUGUGAAUGUAAUAUACAUUUAGGAUCCAGCCUCCAGACCGUUGACUUCUUGUUUGCCUUCCUGUCUUUGA